CUGUCUGCAAAGUGCACAGUCGAGUGCUCACGCUGCUGCAAAUGGACACAAGGCUGGAGUUGGAUGUUUUGAUAUUCCCAGACAAAGUGAAGAUUGCUACUCCAGAGGAGCUCUCAGAAUGGGAUCUUGAGUCUGCGAGUCAGUUGUCCAUACCCACUGUCCGACUCUUUGUGGCACUUUACCCAUACAACCCUGCUGCAAUGUCCCCCAACUAUGAGAGGGCUGGAGAAGAGCUGCCUUUUGUACCAGGCCAGAUCAUCAAGGUGUUUGGAGACACAGACUCUGACGGUUUCUAUCACGGUGAGUCUGGAGGUCUCUCCGGUUAUGUGCCAAGUAACAUGGUGGAUGAAAUCCUAGUGGAUGAUAAGUACCUGAAGCAUCUACUCAUGCAGCAGGGCUUCCUCCCUGUGGACCAUACAGAUAUGUCUUUUACGCCGGAUCUCAGUGAAGUAGCCAGUAACCCUGAUGAUGUGGUGGUUCAUCGAAUGAUGGCCUUAUUCAACUACGAUCCAUGGGAAAGUUCCCCCAACAUGGACAGUGAAGUUGAACUUGGCUUUCGCUCAGGAGACAUUAUUUACGCGUUAGGUGACAUGGAUCAGGAUGGAUUUUACUAUGGCGAUCUGCAUGGACGAAGAGGUUUGGUUCCAUCAAACUACCUACAGCCGCUACCUUGGAAUUAGAAGAAAAGGGUAGCAGGUUCGCUACAAAUGCCAAGUGUCAGAUCUUUAUUUAUUUUUUAAGAUUAAGAAAAAAAUAUAAAAUACAAUAAUAAAACAAUAAUAAAAGAAAUAUUUCAUGAAAAGAGUACAGAAAAAUACAACUCAAAUAUAUUUUAACAAUCCCAAAACAAUAUGCAAAUGUAACCAGAUAAGCUUUGGAGAGAGUAUGUAUAUAGUAUAUUCAUAUUUGCCUUAAACCCUAUAUUUUCUAUAAUUAGAUCAUAGUUUUUACAUGUGUAAAAUCUAGGAGAACAUUAUUUUGAGCUUUGCAGCAAUUUUAUUUAUCAACAGAAACUUUACACAAAGGUAACAUAAUGCAUUCAUGUCACAGUGUAAGGACUGUAAAGCAGAAACUGAUAAUAAACUAUCUGGAAUUUAUACAA